GAAAAAUAUCACUUCCGGUGUGUGCGUGAGAGGCGGAACAAGCGGCCCUACAGAGGGAACAAAGGACGGUUAAGUGAAUUGCUCUUAACCAGCAUGAAAAUAGCCUCCAUUCCGUAGGCCGCUCCUCAGCUGCGAUGUCAAAACGACCAUCCUACGCUCCUCCCCCUCCCCCUGCCCCAACAACACAAAUGCCUUCCACCCCAGGGUUUGUGGGCUACAACCCUUACAGCCAUCUGGCCUACAACAACCUCCGACUGGGAGGGAGCUCCGGAGGCUCCAGCAGGAACUCCUCCGGCAUCACCGUCCCAAAGCCUCCCAAACCACCAGACAAGCCACUGAUGCCAUACAUGCGGUACAGCCGGAAGGUAAGCAGGAAGGUAUGGGACCAAGUAAAGGCUUCCAACCCAGACCUGAAGCUGUGGGAGAUUGGAAAGAUUAUUGGGGGCAUGUGGAGGGACCUGAGUGAUGAAGAGAAGCAGGACUACCUUAAUGAGUACGAGGCUGAGAAGAUUGAGUACAAUGAUUCUUUGAAGGCCUACCACAACUCACCUGCCUACUUGGCCUACAUCAACGCCAAGAACCGGGCUGAGGCGGCAAUGGAGGAGGAGAGCAGGCAGAGGCAGUCACGUAUGGACAAAGGAGAGCCGUACAUGAGCAUUCAGCCUGCUGAAGAUCCUGAUGAUUAUGAUGAUGGUUUCUCAGUGAAGCACACAGCAGCUGCUCGCUUCCAGAGAAACCACCGGCUCAUUAGUGACAUCCUCAGUGAGAUUGUGGUGCCUGACGUCCGCUCUGUGGUCACCACAGCCCGCAUGCAGGUCCUCAAGAGGCAGGUCCAGUCUCUUAUGGUGCACCAGAGGAAACUUGAAGCUGAACUUCUUCAGAUCGAGGACCGCCAUCAAGACAAGAAAAGACGUUUUCUGGAGACCACUGACUCAUUCAAUACUGAGCUGAAGCGGCUGUGCAGUCAGAAGGUGGAAGUGGAUAUGGAGAAACUAGCAGCAGAGAUGGCUGCUGCUGAAGAGGCAGCAAGGCGCCGGGCAGAGGAGCGGGAGCGGGAGGCCGCUGAGCAGGCGGAGAAAGCUGCUCAACAGCAACAGGAGGCUGCUGGAAACAAAGCUGCAGAGAAGAGCAGCACUAAUGCUAGCCCCACCUCAGGGACCAAGGAGGAGGACAAACCUACACCAAUGGAGACAGAUGAGGCCGCACCUGCAGAGCCGCUUUCAGACCCCCAGGUGGCUCCACCACCACCAUCUGAUACUUCAUCAUCUUCCUCUGAUAAAGCAACACCUCCCCCUGAGCUCCCCAGGGAGAGCAGUACUCCCAACAGCAGUGCCCCCAGUGAUGAUGGGGGCAGCAGCAACAGCAUGCCUCCUCCACCCUCAGACAUCCCACCUGGAGCAGCAGCAUCAGGAGCAUUCCCAGACCCACCUGUAGGCCAAGAAGCCAACCUCAGUACAGCUAAUCCUAAUGAGGCCGCAGCACCAGCCCCUCCCUCAGAAGAAGCAACUCCUCCUCCUCCACCACCACCACCACCACCACCACUACUGACCCCCAGUCAGAGCAGCCAGCAGUACGAUAUGUAGUAGUGCUGGCUGUACAGUGAUGGGUGUAGAUGUCCUCCUGGUGCUGCAGCUCUCCCUCUCUGGAUGGAGCAGCAGUGUUGUAGUGAUGCAGAAGAAGUGGCUCUGUAACAGCUGAGAAAUACUGAUUGGUUGAGAGGUGUAAAAGUAAAGUCAAUACAAAAGAAAUAGUGCGAGUGACGUAGGUUUUCAUCAUCCAGCUUCAUGUAGCUGCACCAAACGCAGGGAAAGUAGGAUUUCCUUUAAAGCUCUGUAUGCUUCCUGUAACUUUACUCAGCAUGCCUGGUCUGGUAAUCUGACUUAAUCGAAACGUCACCAAAGAGUACAACACCUGGCCCUCUUUGAGUUUGUGCUCCAGGCACUGUGAGAGCAUUUCCUCUUUUCUAAUCAUGUCACUUGAUGUUAUUUUUUUUUUAAAGUAAGCAGAUACACACUCAGAAAUAGGAUAACACAGGGCUGUGAAACAACUGCUCAGCACAAACCGCACCACCGAGUCUGAAAGUCCAUUUACUUUUAUCAUCAGGGUUUGUAUCACGACUGACUUCAGAGUGAAACGGCUUCAGAUGAACGAGAAAAAGCAGCCACGUGCCCCUUAUAGUUCAAAGAAACACCUGAGAUAAGGCUUACUGUAUAGACAGGAUGUGGUUGAAACGCACACAUCUGCAUGCAUUAAGCACAUUAACAACCAGUCACAACAUUGAAACCACCUCCCUGCUGUUGUCCACCUCAUUACUGCAGUGUCAGUGUAUCUAUGAUGUUGUGCUGCUGCAGCAGCUUGUUGGUAUGCAGCAGCGAUUAGGUGAAUCUCAACAACCAGAUAAAGGCUGGUAGCCAAGUUUCCCCAGCACAACUGUGAUGAUAAUGAGAGGUUUCAAUGCUGUGGCUGUUACGCUCCAUGUUUAUGUGUUUAUGUUUUGGACCACUGCAGAGUUUUAUUUUGUGAUUCAUUUUGAGAAACCUGACAUAUGUUAAAGGGCCAGCUCUGACAAAAGGACCUCAAUAUUUUCGGCUCUCACUUAUUGAAAAACCUCAAUUUUCUAGAUAAAUUUAAUUUGCAGAACUACUACUGUUACUUUUUCGUCUUUUGAGAUUUAGUGAACCUUAUUAAACGAGUGUAAUCCAGGUCAACCUUGGUAAUUUGUACUCUUGAAUCAGAUGCCAUUUUAAUACACACCCUUGUAAAGUCAGCAUCAAUUGAUUUUUCCAUAUUCUGCAUGUUUGGCUAUGUACUAACCUUACCCAUGUAUGAAUCUGAGUGCAGGUCUUGUGUAGCUGGAGAUGAGGAAAAUUAAAGUUCAAUACAAAACGCAUGAAGAUCCCAGCAAAUAAAUAAUGAUGGGAUCAUCUCCAGGGUAUUUUUAAAAAAAUCUGAAUAACAUGUCUUGCUUUGAGUGUAAAACAUUAACAUGGAUGUUUGUUCCCCUGUAUUGAAGUCUAAGUAGAAAGAACUGACACUUGUACGCAGUUAAUUUAAUUUUUGCUCAUUUAACCUGUAAAAGCUUCUCUGUGAGGCGAGGCUUUUGUUUAGACCACAGAUUCCUGCUGGCACUACAUGCAUCUAACUUCACCAGAGAAAUGCACAGGUAACCUCACUUAUGCAUUCAAAGGACUGUUUUCUUACUUGGACUGUUUUUUGGUAGUAUGCCUGUCUUUUUUUUGUUUUUUUGCAUUUUUCUUUUCUACUGUCUGAACUUGUUGACCCAAAUAAAGAUGAUUUGUCUUUCUGCUACA